AUCGCUAUUCGAUCAGGGUUUUAAAGCUGCACCAUGAUCAACCAGUUUAUCUGCAUCAGCAGAACAACUCGACAGCAUGCAUUGUUUUAAGAUUUAAUUCACUACAUAGAUCGUGACUACGUAUUGAAUGGUCGGGUAAUAUAAAGCCGUGUGGGUAUAUACAUAUGUAAUUAAACCUCAACACGAGGUAUGAUUUACUAUCCGUACAUUAGUACUUGAGGUGUGAGUUAUAGCUACACACGACCAUAGGGGUGGCGGCUGUUUGUUAUACCUGUAAGAACUAAUAUUAUAUACCAAGAUUCAGUCGUUCAUUCUCGAGGAGGAACGGAUUAUUUCACCAAGAAAUGGAUAGAAGGAUUUUAUGUACAUCUGUGGUCGUUCUGAUCUGCGUAUGCGUGUAUAGAACAAGCGCUCUGACGACCGCUGAAAUCAAUGCCUUUACUGUUAGCGGAAGCUUUCAGGCCACUGUCAGUGUCGACUCCACAACUUAUUCUGCCCAAAACAGAAUCAAAAUAAGUGCCAGUGGAAUGCCGGACCACGCCUGGCAGAUGGUCAACCCGAACUCACCGACAGCUCAGAACUACGAAAUAGACAUCCACAACACCCCGGAAGACCAGACGUCCUACGGUUGUCUUCCCAUGGGAAAGAUCGGAAUCGCAAAGACAGGCGUGGCGCUCUACAACCCUCUCACUUCCGGAAAUUACAACGCAGUGGAGGGGAGUAACGCGGAGACGUUUGAUAGCUGUGAUGGGCAUGCUACGAACACAGGUGCUUACCACUACCAUAAACUACCAUACAACUGUGUCUACAGCAAGGGUGUGGACGAAUUCAUAGGUGUAGCAUUUGAUGGAUAUCCUAUAUACGGCCCUUUGGCUUCUUGGCAUAAUAGUGGAGGUUCCAAUUUAACUACCUCUGACCUUGACAAAUGUCACGGGUCAAGCGGUAGUGGAAGUUACCGUUACUACAUGACGUAUGAUUGGCCCUACAUCCUAGGCUGUUACAAGGGAAAGGUUAUUGAUACGCGAGUGUCCAGAGACGUGACCUACUCUUGUUCCAAUUCUAGCACAUCCUCAUUUGACAGUUCUUGGGGCUUUCUUUGUUCGUGCACGGCGGCUUCCGAGGGUACUGCCUUCGGACCCAAAUCGGGAUUCAUUCUCGUAACAGUUCUUUUAGCGAUUGUGUGCAUAAACAGAAAAUGAGGAUGCGAAUAGAUGUCACCUGAGAGUUUACAACUAAUAGUCAUGCUUUUGAUAAUCAAAACACGAAUCGACGAGUUUAUGUCAAGCUGUGUGUCAUAAGUAUUCUUAUUCAUUCAUAACUUCAACAACAGUAUUUUAGAUUAGAUGUGACCUAAUUAGAUUAGCUGCAAUAAUGCAUGUAGCCCUCUCCAAUUUUUUUUUAGGAGAGGACUACAACUCCUUAGGAUCUCCGUAAUGGUGCGAAUGUGGGAGUGGUUCACUCCCGCAACAUUUUCGAUCAGUCUAAUUAUUUGCUGACUUUCUUUACGUAAAUAAAGUGAUAUUCUAUGUUUCUUAGUCAUUAUAUACAUGUAGAUUUACAACCUGCAAUUUACGAUUUGUGAGGCUCUAUUCUACUGUUUUCAGCAAUUUUGAUAUACAUGUAUUCCAAUUUCUCGAUUCAUAUUUGUGCGCCAUGUUUGAUGUAUUGAAGUUUCAACUUCCGAUUGUCACGUUACAUGUAUCGCAUGCCAUAUAAUGUAGAAUUUACGUCAUUGGACGAGUACGGAGGAGAAAGCUAUUUCGUCGGUAUUGAAAAGGUUUAAAUUUAAUAUCAAGUUAAAGAACGAACAACAGACUAUAAAUUCUUUCUGCAGCCAUAUGAUUUUCCUUUCUUUGUCGGAAUGGCUCGAGUAAAGGGUUCUACAUUUUCAGUAGAUAUAAGGCUCACGGCGGGUGUGACCGGUCGACAGGGGAUGCUUAUGCCUCCUAGGCACCUGACCCACCUCUGGUACAUGUAUAUCCAGGGGUCCGUGUUUGCCCAACUCUCUAUUUUGUAUUGCUUAUGGGAGUUUCGAGAAUGAUCACUGUUCGUUACCUUCACCUUUCAUCCACCUACGAGAUCUCGCGAUAACAAGCAUGGCGGAGCAGACGAAGAAUGUUGCAUGCUGUACAUGAUAUUUAAUGAAAAACAUCUUUAUUAGACGUGCUCAAGCACAAAGUUAGUACUCCUAUUGGUGUAAAAUUUGGUACUAAUACACGGAGCUUAUUAUCGGUUAUUCAAAAAAUUAUUUUGUACCAUUACGGAGAUCCUAUGGAAAUGUAAUCCGAGAUUCCUCUGACUCUUACCCCGGUUUUUAUAUUGUGACAUGUGUGAGGGAGAGCCAGAGCGGACUCCAUAUUUAAAAGUGCUUUACCUACCUCUUACAACUUUAUUUCGCGGAUCUAUCUUCCAAGACGGGAGGAUUCAGUCAGGAAGAUUAUUCUACAAAUAGAUCAUGAUUAAUACGAUGCUAUCGCCGUAUAAACAUUGAGAUGGCAGUAGGCCUACAUGUAAUUAUGAUGGUAAAAUACGAUAGCGCAGAAUGGGAAUGGGCAAGCAGUUUUAACGAAGAUAUCACAGAAAUCUUAUACAACUGAUACCGCUAGGAUUAUUUGCUAAAUUAUACUAGAGUUUCCAAACUACAUGUAUUUGAAAUAUGCAAUCCUUUUAUAUUUCUAUUAGAGGUGAUAAUUAUAAGUCUCUAGGACAUUACGUACAAGUGUAUAUGCAUGGUUUACGUAUAGUGUGAAAGUUUGGUAUUGUUAAUCUGUAAUUUAAUGUAUAUGUGCUUGUAGUAAGCAUAAAAAACUUUUUGUGAGCUGGACUCGCAAGAUGUAUUUCAUUGUAUUUUGUAUCAAAAGCUCUAUAUUCAUUUUUAAAGGUAUUGUGUUUUACCUUUAAUACAUGUAAAGAAAGUUUCUUUACUAUAUGUUUUGUUUAAUUUUUUUCACUAUUAUGAAAUAAAAAUCAAUGAGAAAUUAGAAA